AUGACGGUCAAGCUGGAUUUCGAGGAGUGUCUCAAAGACUCACCCCGCUUCCGAGCCUCUAUCGAGCUGGUGGAAGCCGAGGUGUCAGAACUGGAGACCCGGCUGGAAAAGCUCCUCAAGCUGGGUAACGGCCUCCUGGAAAGCGGCCGCCAUUACCUCGCGGCCGGCCGCACCUUCAUUGCUGGCAUUUGUGACCUGGCCCGUCUGGGUCCUCCCGAGCCCAUGAUGGCGGAGUGUCUGGACAAAUUCACCGAGAGCCUCAGCCACAAGCUGGACAGCCAUGCGGAGCUGUUGGACGCUACCCAGCACACCCUGCAGCAGCAAAUCCAAACCCUGGUCAAGGAGGGUCUCCGGGCUUUCCGAGAGGCUCGCCGGGAUUUCUGGAAGGGGGCUGAGAGCCUGGAGGCUGCUCUCAUCCACAAUGCCGAGGUCCCCCGGCGCCGGGCCCAGGAGGCCGAAGAGGCCGGAGCCGCUUUGAAGACUGCGCGGGCCGGGUACCGGGGACGAGCACUGGACUACGCACUGCAGAUCAACGUGAUCGAAGACAAGAGGAAGUUUGACAUCAUGGAGUUUGUGCUGCGUCUGGUGGAGGCCCAGGCUACCCAUUUCCAGCAGGGCCACGAGGAGCUGGGCAGGCUGGCCCAGUAUCGCAGGGACCUGGGUGCCCAGUUGCACCAGCUGGUCCUGAACUCGGCUCGCGAGAGGAGGGACAUGGAACAGAGGCACGUGCUGCUGAAGCAGAAGGAGCUGGGCGGGGAGGAGCCAGAACCCAGCCUAAAGGAGGGGCCUGGCGGCCUGGUCAUGGAAGGACACCUCUUCAAACGGGCCAGCAACGCAUUUAAGACGUGGAGCAGACGCUGGUUCACUAUUCAGAGCAACCAACUGGUUUAUCAGAAGAAGUACAAGGACCCUGUGACUGUGGUGGUUGACGACCUUCGUCUCUGCACCGUGAAGCUCUGCCCUGACUCGGAAAGGCGGUUUUGCUUUGAGGUGGUGUCCCCCAGCAAGUCCUGCUUCCUGCAGGCCGACUCGGAGCGCCUCCUGCAGCUGUGGAUCAACGCCGUGCAGAGCAGUAUAGCCACGGCCUUCAGCCAGGCCCGCCUCGACGACGGCCCCUGGGGGCCAGGCCAGGGCUCAGGACCCCUGGCCGUGGGCUCCUCCGCCACGCUGGGCUGUGGCGGAACCGCCAGGGGACGGGAAUCUGGCGGUGCUGGGCACGUGGCAGCCCAGGUGCAGAGCGUGGACGGCAACGCCCAGUGCUGUGACUGCCGAGAGCCAGCCCCCGAGUGGGCCAGCAUCAACCUUGGUGUCACCCUCUGCAUCCAGUGCUCCGGCAUCCACAGGAGCCUUGGAGUUCAUUUCUCCAAAGUCCGGUCCCUGACCCUCGACUCGUGGGAACCGGAGCUGGUGAAGCUCAUGUGCGAGCUGGGGAACGUAGUCAUCAACCGGAUCUAUGAGGCCCGGGUGGAGGCCAUGGCCGUGAAGAAACCUGGGCCCAGCUGCUCCCGGCAGGAGAAGGAGGCCUGGAUUCAUGCCAAAUACGUGGAAAAGAAGUUCCUGACCAAGCUUCCGGAGAUUCGAGGGCGGAGAGGGGGCCGGGGGCCCCCCAGGGGGCAGCCUUCCGCCCGGCCCCGGCCCGGGAGCUUCAGAUCCAGGCCAGAGCCCCCCUCUGAUGACCUGGGCGCCCUCCACCCUGGGGCCCUGCUGUUUCGAGCUGCUGGGCAUCCUCCCUCCCUGCCCACCAUGGCUGAUGCCCUUGCCCACGGAGCCGACGUCAACUGGGUCAACGGGGGCCAGGACAAUGCCACUCCGCUGAUCCAGGCCACCGCUGCUAAUUCUCUUCUGGCCUGUGAGUUUCUCCUCCAGAACGGGGCGAACGUGAACCAAACGGACAACCACGGCCGGGGGCCGCUUCACCAUGCGACCAUCCUCGGCCACACGGGGCUGGCCUGCCUGUUCCUGAAACGGGGGGCCGACCUGGGAGCCCUGGACUCAGAAGGCAAGGACCCGCUGACCAUCGCCAUGGAAACAGCCAACGCUGACAUCGUCACCCUGCUACGACUGGCAAAGAUGAGGGAGGCCGAAGCGGCUCAGGGCCAGGCAGGAGACGGGACGUAUCUGGACAUCUUCCGCGACUUCUCCCUCAUGGCGUCGGACGACCCGGAGAAGCUGAGCCGGCGUAGCCACGACCUCCACACUCUUUGAUCCCAGGCCUUCGAGGGCCCGCAGCCCCCAGUCCCCUCUCCCCGGCCGCCGGCCCCUCGGUCAAUAAAGCCGCCGUGCUUUGCGCU